CCUAUCCGUUGGAUAAAAUGGUGGAAUCAAAGUAUCAACGGAAUUAUUUCUUCGCUUAUUUUGAGAGGCUGGAUAGGCAUGUCCACGCAAGUGGAGAAGAACAAAGUUUGGAUUUCCAACCCUUCGGAUGUUGCAUAAUGAGUUCGAUCAAUACGUUAGAGUUCCUGCAAGUUAUCAACAAACAUGAAAAAUAUCAUCAACGUACUCCAAAUCAGGUAUCCCGGACGUUCAAGAGCCAGUUUUCUACCAAUCUAGUCUCGGCACCUGGCCUCGGCCUUAUAUUUGAUGUUCCAUCGGAAAAUGCAAGGCUACCUUCCCUUUACUCGGGCAGUGUUCCAUGCCAAAAUUCCGCGGUGCACUGGUCAGGGAAGGGUUUGCGUCAUCACUCGAGUUCACAGUCAACCGAUUCACAGUCCGAAAGCGAUCCAGAAUGUUCGGAGGCAACGGCGUUACGGGAGUCUAGUUUCUCGGAGACCGGGAAGCACAGCAACAGUUACGUGGUUCAUCUCCCCUGUUUCUCCCCCGACAUCACUGAGGCGAUAAAGGCUUACAGACUGUGCCUACCACCAUCCUCGGUGCUCGUUGCCUACGUGGACCACCCAAGAAGUGCCGUGAUCUUCCUCUCCGACACUGAGGCAUCGUCUCAUAUGCUCCAGAAGAGGGUCCUUGUCGCGUGUCUGGAAGCUUUGGAAGCAGAUGGAGUGGCACGAGUUUACGUCGCUGUCAGAAAGUCACCGAAUGAAGUCGGUACCUGUGCAACGAGCGCAUUGUUGAAGACAUUAAUGUUUCUUGGUUUUGAGAUGUUUAACCCCGGCUCAGUUUCGCCAGAACUCGCUUGUCUUACGAUUGACUACCGUCUGCUCUUCACUAACUUACGCGAGU